UUUAGUAACAAGCAGAACGAUUGAGUAAAGUCUCUCUUCAUCACACGUGAAAUAUUUAUUUACAUUUCUUAAAACUUUUUUUUCUUUAUUCAUAAAAAACAACCAUCAAAUAAAUUAAAGUGAACAAAAAAGUUUUAAACAAAAAAAAACUAAAGAAUUUUUAUAAAAGUUUUUUUUAUUAUUAAUCGCAUACAGGUUGCACAAAAAAAUUAGAUCAAGUGUGUGUUGUGUAGGUUUUUUAAGUGCAUGCCCCAUUUAUAUCUUAAUUUUGAUAAAAAAAUAUUUAGAAUACAUGAAAUAUUUUUAAAGUGUGUUUAUUUAUUUGUCUAAAAAAAAAUAAAAGUGAACAUUUGCAUUCCUGUUUUUUCUUAUUAUAUGACAUCAUUUUUCUUAAAUGAUCCUUUAAGCGCAAUGUUCAAUGACACGUCACGGCAGUACACGUACGCGACCCCCCUAUCAGGCGACCACAAUUUCACAAUCAGCAACACAAUUGCAACAAGCAGCUUUACAAAGGUUACGUAAUCCAUGGAUACCUGGUGAUUGUCAAUCAACAACAAAUAGUUCAUCAAGUAGUCGUACAUAUCAUGGCAUUCCAUCAGAUGGUGUUAGUUCACCAAUUUACCAUUCACCAUUGCCCGAAGAGCAAUCACAAUUUGAUAAUAUAUUACCUGAAUUAGAUACAUAUUAUAGUCAUAAUCCACCACAAGAACGUAAGCCAUAUUUAAAUGAUAAUAGACAAUAUUAUAGAAAUGAGAAUGAAAUUUUUUCUGGAAGAGUAUAUCCAGAAGAUUCUCCAGAACGACGAUUCUUUAAUUAUAAUGAAAGAGCACCAGAGAAUGAAGCACUAUGCCAAAUGCGAUAUUCGGAUAUCGAUAAUCGACAAAAAGAAUUUUUUCAUACAAGAAAUUAUUUAGAUGAACAUGGGAGAUUAGCUUAUCAACAACCAUACCAUUUGCAAUCUUCACAACGAAAUAGUAAUAUAGGUAGACCGUUAGCACCUGUAUUAACAUCUGGUUCUGCAUCAGAACGUGCUCAAAGUCCAGGUAGUUUAACUGGACGUGGUGCUGUUGAAGGAUGUGGAGGUCAUUGUAUUGCAUUUCAGAACUUCUGCUAUUACUUUUUACAGGUUAUUUUCGUUAUUGGCAUAUUAACGGGAAUAUCACUUUGUAUAGAAGGUAGUGCAGUUCGAAGGAAUCGUGGUAAAGAUUUAUCAGUUCUUGUAUAUAUUGGAUGUUUAAUAUCAAUGGUUUGUGCUUUACUAUUAUCAAUUCAAUAUUGUGUUCGUCGAAAUGUGGAACAACGGAAAAAAGCAUUACGUAUGGCUUUAAAUGCAAUUCCAAUGUCUGAUCUGCCGUUACAACCUUCACCAAUAACAUUAGUACCACCAGCAUCAACACAACACCAAUUUAAUUUGGAUACUAGAGGCGGAUAUGCUAGGGAUACAUUUAGAUCAGGAAUGUCAACUGUACCAUUUGUUUCUCGCGGAUCAUCUGAGUUACCAGAUCAGAAUGGAAUACCUUGGUGGAGACGUGAUCCUAUCCCACGGCACUAAUUUACAGUUGUAUUUUUUAUUCUGAUAUAAUGUGUGUUAAUUGUGAAUAUAUAAAAGUUUUUGUAAAUAAUUCUAAAACAAUGUACGUGAUAAUUAAUUAUUUAGUAUAAACAAUUUAAACAAUGAUUUUGAAGAAUGGCAU